AGGAAGCUCUGUGAAUUAUUACACUUCGAUUAAACAGAAUGAGGCGUACAAAAAACAUAUAUCUUUUCAUAAUUCAUCAUCUUCGGAACCUUGUACAUCUCGUAUCUUGGGAAGAAGAUUUGCCACAGCUUACAAAUAUAACGUAACAUACACAGCUUAUAAAUAUUUGGAUAUUGGAAUCAACAUGGGACCUGUAUCCUAUGUGAAAUUACGUAUUGGUAAUAAUCGAGGCAAUCAAAUAUUAUUGCCUUAUGUAAUAUGGAAAACCUUCAUCGAGAAACGUGUGGAUAUCGAGCAGCUUGUGCAAUCAAUUGCUCCUUCAUCAUUGUUGAUUCAUGAUCUAAUUAUAGAACUUGUUCAAAUGCGAAAUACAAAUAUUGUAAAGUUUACAUUGCGCGAUACAUGCUUGUACAUGAAGCCGUCAACCGUAUUCUUUCUAUUUGAACUUGAACAUUGCGUCGAACAUGUAUAUUACAGGAUCUAUGAGAAUAUAUAUGGUGUCAGCGAAAAAUUUAAACAAUUUAUAAACUUUUUACGGCGGAAUUGUAUCACAGAUAAACAUAUUGCAAUAAAAACUUUGCGCGAGAGCGACAUUUUUGACAAAACUUCGAUUAUAGGUUAUGAAUCAUUAGCGUACGCAAUAGAUAAUAUUGUACACUAUGCGUUACAUGACCAAUAA